AUGCCGGCCUACAAGUGGCAUUACCCAGAGGAGAUCGCGAACGAUCUACAGAGUGUCGAUCUCCCUCCCUCGGUGAAGGCAGAGGUCUUCGCCUGUGCUUGGGAGUACUCGAGAUGCGUCAUCCCGCACUACACCAACUGGAAGCGCUAUGUGGCCUUUAUGCGAAUCAUCAUCAUCGGAACGAUCGCUGAGUUCAAGGGCUCGCUGUUCGACAUGACAGCAGAUGACGACAAUAUGCUGGGCUACAGCCUCAACCAAGUGCUGUAUGAUCUCUUCGAAGACACAGCCGGUGCCAAAAACAUGGCCAGAGAGUACAAGACCUUCCUGACCGUGACAAGCGACAAGACUAGCGAUCGACAGCACGAUCAAUUCUUCCGCAGCUACAUCAAGGCAGUGCCUUCUGGCCCGGCCAACUGGUUUCGACUUGGUGAUUGCGAUGCGCUGUGUCGGUUCACGAUUGCAGCAGCGCUAGUCUGCAACGACAUCGACGAUGUAUGGUUUGACAACGAGCAGUGGAAUGUUCUCGCAGAGAUUGGAGACACUCUUUACGACGCCAUAGCCUUCUAUAAGCACAGAGCGGAAGGGGAGACCAACAACACGUUCGCAUAUAUGCCAGAAGGUAUUCGAGAGGAAGCGUUCCGUAACGCACGAGAAGUCUUGUGGGCCAUGGACACUGCAUAUGCCAAGAGACCGGAGUGGCAGGUUAUCAUCAACAUGAUCCGAUUCUUCGGCGGUCCGAUUCAUAUGAUGAUGCGCAGAUAUCGAUUCGUUGAAGAAGGACUUGUGAUUGGAAAGAGUGAGGAUGAGAAUGUCCAGAAGGCGGCCAAGAAGCACGAGAAGCUGUGGCAUCGACUGGAGCUGGACCAGUCUCGGCAACAAGCUGGUCAAGUCCAUUUCGACAGGAUCCUCGACAAGCAAGACGCCAUAUUGUUCGAGGGGUUCGUUGACAUCUUGAACGACGGCAAUCGGCAGGACAGCGCAAUGUCCAGUCCAACCAUCGACGGAGAGGCAGAAAAGCGCUUCGGGGGAGCUCUCCUGAGUGAUAGUGUACGUGAGCAGUGGCGAGAAUAUGCUCUUGGACUCAAUGAUCGCGUUCUGAAGGCGUUCCCUGAGGUCGUCAUAAGCCCUGCGCUCCCGACUGAGGUGCGGUCCGCGAUCUCCUGA